UGUACGCAUGGCUGCAGGACUUCAACGGUCCAACGCAUGCGCUGUCGAUACAUCCGGGGAUCGGACAAGGAUGAACGCCAAUUUCCAAGAUGGCGGCGGAGGGAGGAGGGAAGGAGAUGAACGAAAUUAAAACUCAAUUCACUACACGAGAAGGCGUCUACAAACUCCUCACUCACUCCGAAUACAGCCGCCCCAACAGGGUGCCUUUCAACUCGCAGGGCUCCAAUCCCGUCAAGGUCUCCUUCGUCAAUGUAAACGACCAGUCCGGCAACGGCGACAGGAUCUGUUUCAAUGUGGGCCGGGAACUGUACUUUUAUAUCUACAAAGGCGUGAGAAAGGCUGCCGAUCUUAGUAAGCCUAUAGACAAGAGGAUAUACAAAGGAACGCAGCCCACGUGUCACGACUUCAACCCCAUCACAGCAACAGCAGAGAGUGUGUCCCUGCUGGUGGGCUUCUCCGCAGGCCAGGUGCAGCUCAUCGACCCAAUAAAGAAGGAAACUAGCAAACUCUUCAAUGAAGAGAGACUUAUAGACAAGUCACGAGUUACGUGUGUACGAUGGGUUCCUGGUUCAGAGAGCUUGUUUCUGGUGGCUCACUCCAGUGGCAGCAUGUAUUUGUACAAUGUGGAAAACACGUGUGGCACCACGGCACCUCACUACCAGCUCCUAAAGCAGGGUGAAAACUACGCUGUGCAUACCUGCAAGAGCAAGUCGGCUCGCAACCCGUUACUGCGCUGGACGGUGGGCGAAGGGGCGCUCAACGAGUUUGCCUUCUCCCCGGAUGGCAAGUUCCUGGCCUGUGCGAGCCAGGACGGCUUCCUGCGGGUGUUUGGCUUCGACGCUGCAGAGCUCCAUGGAACGAUGAAGAGCUACUUUGGUGGUUUACUGUGCGUGUGCUGGAGCCCAGAUGGCCGCUACAUUGUGGCCGGAGGGGAGGACGACCUGGUGACGGUGUGGUCAUUUUCAGACUGCAGAGUGAUUGCACGGGGGCAUGGUCACAAGUCGUGGGUGAGCGUGGUGGCAUUUGACCACUGCACCACCAGCGUGGAGGAUGGUGACCCCCCUGCCGAGUUCAGUGGUAGCGAUGAGGAAUUCCAUGAGCAGAUUCACUUUGGUGCGGGCCGAGACCGAGCCAACAGCGCUCAUUCUCGGCUUUCUAAGAGAAACUCUACAGACAGUAGGCCCGUUAGCGUGACCUACAGAUUUGGCUCAGUGGGCCAGGAUACCCAGAUGUGUCUGUGGGACCUGACGGAGGACAUUCUCUUCCCUCACCUCCCUUUGUCCCGCACUAGGACUCACACUAAUGUUAUGAGUGCCACAAGCCCUCCAGCCACUGGACAAACUACUACGACAACGACUACUACAACAACUACUACUACUACUACUACUACUGCUGCUGUAUCCGCCGCUAAUCCCAGUGGCACCAAUGGUAAAGACAAUGUGAGCAAUAGUAGCACCAGUGGCAACCCAGCGAACUCCCUCCCCAGCACCCUGCCUCGGUCAAACAGCUUGCCACACUCCUCCAACCCGACAGGGGGCAGCACCCCCAACAGUCACACAGGCAGCAACAGCAGUACUACCGCCACCUCCACCCCCACCACCACCACCACCACCACUAAGGGCAACAGCAUCAUUGACAGCGCUUUCAUCGCCACUGGCGUCAGCAAGUUUGCAACUCUGUCGUUGCACGACUCGCGCAAGGAGCGCCACGAGAAGGACCACAAGCGAAACCACAGCAUGGGUCACAUCAGCAGCAAGAGCAGCGACAAGCUCAACCAGCUUAGCUCAACACGGACGGCAAAAGCGGAAGCAGCGAAGACUCUGGGCACUGCGCUGUGCCCGCGCAUGGAGGACGUGCCGCUGCUCGAGCCGCUGGUGUGCAAGAAGAUCGCUCACGAGAGACUCACUGUGUUAAUCUUCCUGGAGGACUGUCUGGUAACAGCCUGUCAGGAGGGUUUCGUUUGCACAUGGGCUAGGCCUGGGAAAGUGGGUUUGCUAUCAUCUCAAAACAACCCAGCCAACUCCCCCAGUGGAACAGUAGUAUAGCCCCAGUGCUGGCGCUGCUAAUGACAGCUCCAUGCAACAGAGACGGGGGAUGACCAAGGCCGAGGCCCUGCAGCGCUUCUUCACACACUGUCACACACACAACGGCCUCCAGUGUCCCCUUCAUUCUCAUCACUACAACCACCCAGACGCUCUCUUUGUGUUACUGCUCAUGUUUAGAGAACCGAUGUUGGCCAAGCCAUGGUUAGAAACUUGACGCCCUUUUGUCUGGGCGUGGAGAAAAAAAAAAAAAAAAAAGAAGGGUGCUAUUGGGAAGUAUGAUAGCAAGCUUUAAAUCGUCCAGGAGGUUUGUGGGAGGGAUUGACUGGCUCAUUGUUCCAUCUAUGGUCAUAUCAAGUCGUGUCGAGUCUGAAAAUAACCUCUAGUACCCAAUCCUUUGUGCCUGUAGAUCUUCAAAGACUAGACAUGCUAUAAGCAAUGUGGUGAUGCCUCAACCUAACCUUUUGUAUGAGUUUAAUUCGGAAAUAUUUCCUUUUUAUUUUGUUCCUUCAAAUGUAUUCACUGAUAAAAAGGGAAUAAGAGGAGGGAUUGUUUUGGAGAAGAAGCAUAUCCCCAUUUUUCACUUCCUGGGCGAUCUCUUGUGCAGCCCCAGCCUGCGACACCUGUUCAAGAGAAGCUGGAGCUUUUUACUUCCUUUACACAUAUUUUAAAAAUCAGUGGUAUCACACUUUAAAGUGUAUUUGCACAGAUUUUCUUUCAUUCUUGUUUCUUUUGUCCCCCUCACCCCCCACCUCCCCAUUUUGAAUUCAUGGUGAUGGAACACAGGCAAAAUAUUUUGAAGACUGUUUUGGAAGCACUUUGGGAAACGGCUUGUUCUUGCCCUCUGUCUCAACGCUGGAUGCUGCAAUCAUAGGUUUUUUUAUAUGGAAAAAAAAUUGUUUGCACUUAAUAGUUUGUUAGAGGAGAAUGGCUUUACAUUUUUGGAGUGUGUAAGGACUCCUUGACAAGGUUGAAAUAUAAAUAGAAUUUAAAAAAAAAAUACCUUUGUAUCUAUUGAACAUUUAUUUUAAUAUUGUUUCAGAUUAAAUGGGCUCUGUAUUAUAUGUAAAUAUUGUAUUUCAAUGAUUUAUGGGAUAAAUGAUCAUUAUUACAUUAGUUCAAAGAUCCUCAUUUCAGAAAAUAGUGAUAUUUCUAAUACUAAAAGAUCUAUACCUAAUAUUAAAAUGAAUCUUGAAUAUGCAGGUGAAAAUGUUUUCUUUUCUGUUGUACAUAAAGAGAAUUCAGGUGUAUUUUUAUUAAUGUAAAGUUUGGUAUAGGAGACAUCUAUGAAAUCCUCUUAUCUAACAGGUAGUGCUAAAUGCUAGCUAGCCUGUCGCUGCAAAUUCCUUUUACAACACAUAGGCAGGUAGACGCAGCGGUCUAAUUCAGCCAUCACUCCGAGCUCAGGUAAACCACAGGAAGACUAACGCUGGCAUAGUUCCCCCUCACUAGUCCCAUCCAUCAACGUGUGUGUGAAUUCACUUUAACUAACAAAUUAGACUGACCACCAUGUUCUGCAGACAGGGCUGCAAUCUGUGAGACCUGUUUAUUUUAUUUUUUUUGUGAGUAAUAAUUACUGAACUGAUUCUGAACUUGUGAACAAACAUUUGACACUGUGUUGAAUACCAACUGACUGACGUCGGCACUUGAUGGUGGUGGAAGUGCUUGAGGUGAGCGUGUUUUACAAGCACCCACGUUAGGAAGACUGAGAUAUUAACAGUGGGAGCAUUUUCCUUCAUGUGACGCCUAUUAAAAACAGCUUUGACAGAU